AUGCAUUUCACCACCCGCAGAGUUAGCGACGGCAAUGUCUUCCCAAUCUCCAACCCCCGACCACUCAACCGUGCAACAUCCCUCACAGACAGAGGGGGACGAUCAGGUUCUCCGUCAUUAAACAUGCCGCUACCCGACCGCCCACGACACCCGGCUCUCCUCCGCCUGCACAAGUUCCGCACCAUUCUGAUUCCCGUGACCGUGAUCCUAGUCUUCACGACGUUGAUCCUCGGCGGGAUCUACGCUUACUGUGUAGCGAAACCACACACCGCCAUCGCCGACCAACUAGCACAAGACAGUAGCGCCGAGGUCGACGGCUCGAUCUUCUCCAGACGGCAAGAGAAUUCAGACAUCGUGCCUGCUACCAAAGACCCUAACGAUCGCGAUUACACGGAGCCCCAGACCGCGCUUUUCUUUUACACCCUUACCACCCCAGCAGUCAGCCUCGUUCACCUCACCUUCGAGCUUAUCAUGCACCACCACACACCCAAGCACCUGAGCAAACGAUCCGCAUACAUCCUUCUCCUCGCAGCUACCUCCCUCCUGGCCGCCGGCUGGCUCACUACCCUCGGGUUCUGGAUGCACUGCGAACUGCCUCCUUUGAACAGCAGCCGCCAAGACCUCUGCCCCAUCCAGGUCCGCGGCCACUUCAUGUACGGGAUCCACGAGGUCAGCAUUGCGAAGACGGUCGUCGCUUGGCUGAUUGCCUUUGCGUAUCUCGGCCAUGCGAUCCUGGUGGCCAUCGGCUGCGGUGCCAUGAAGCGCGUGUGGAGGAUCACUGCUGGAGGCGGGAGUGGGAAGCUCGAGCGCGGCCAGGCUACGGAGAUUGUGGUCUCGGUGGAUGAUCAGUUGAAG